AACUACCUGGAUUAAAACAAUGAUGCGUUAUUGCGCAAACUAAGUUCUAUUCCAAGAAACACUAUAAUGCAAAGUAUUGACGCAGGAUGGUUAUUUUGGCCGCCACUCACCUGGCUGCGCAUGAGCCUCUUUGAACAGCAGAUAAGACAAGAGGAGCAGCCUCGCUGCCGACAUGCUGAGCUCUCUGAAGAACGGAAACAUCCAACACAAGUCAAGUCCAGGUUUGAGAGGAGGAUACAACGAGUCCAGCAUGGUCGGAGGUUACACUCAGUCUCCAGGAGGCUUCGCGUCACCUGCCAUGUCCCAGGGAGGAGAGAAGAAGGGGAGAACCCGUGCCACACAGAUAAUCCCCUGCACGGUGUCUCAGCUGAUGUCUGCUUCCCAGGCGGAAGAAGCCUUCAGAGUAGGAGAUGUGGAAGUCGCCCAGGUUACCAUCGUGGGUGUCAUCAGGAGCACGGACAAAUCCAUGACCAACAUCCAGUACAAGGUCGAUGACAUGACGGGUGCUCCCAUGGACGUGAAGCAGUGGCUCGACACUGAGGAUCCCAGCGUGGACAGCAAUGUCCUGUCCCCAGGCACGUACGUCAAAGUUUCUGGAAAUCUGCGCUCAUUCCAGAACCACAGGUCUGUUGUGGCCUUCAGCGUCAGACCCCUAGAAGACAUGAAUGAAAUCACCUCCCACAUGCUGGAGGUUGUCCAGGCACACAUGGUGCUCAGCAAACCUCAGACGACACUCGGAGUCACAGGAGGAAUGAGCAGUAAAGUCGUACCCAUUUCGAAGCCGGGAGGAAUGGGGGGAAGCUAUGCAGGCGCUAACGACAUGGCUAACAAUGGUUUGAGUGCAAACCAAAAUCAGGUGCUGAGUUUGAUAAGAAGCUGCCCAGAACCGCAGGGCAUCAGCCUGCAGGACCUGAAGCAGAGACUCAGUGGCAUUAGUCUGGUUAUUAUCAAGCAAGCAGUGGAAUUUCUAAGCAACGAAGGUCACAUCUUUUCCACCAUCGACGAAGACCAUUACAAAUCAACGGACAAUGAUGAUUAGACACGCCCCCUUCCCUCCCAACGGCGGGGUUACUUAUUGGAAUUUAAGCUGACAGAAGUCAUUAGCGUCGGUUUUAAAACUCAAACGUAUCAACCAAAUCCCAUCCAUUCUGACCCCCUCAGAGCUGCGAGAACCCCGUAAGUCUUGGGUUGAAACACACGGUUUCUGUUCCGUGAGACCUUUUUAGUCCGUAUCCAAGUUUCUUCUGUCAAUUUUCAAGUCCCUGAAGUUCCGUAUUAACUUUCACCUCUGUCGUUCAGCAUUUUGUAAUUUAAAGAUUGGCAAAAUUAAGUACUUGAUUUAUUUUUGUGUGUGUAGCUUUUGACAAUAUUAAAAGAUUAUAAAAUAUA